GUACACGAGUCUGCGCAUGGCAAAUAAGAAUUAUCACUACCAGUUCCUGUCGGCACACUCCAUUUUAACUGCUGGGUUAAACGUUGAAAAUGUCGCUUCUAUCAGCUCGUCUCGCCGCCUCAGUGGCCAGGCGUUUACCUAACACCGUUUCCCAAGCCGUUGGUGUAGCUUUCCCAGCAGUAUCAGUAGCUGCCCGCAAGAUCCAUGUUUCCGGUGCCCAAAAUGGAGCGGAAAUCAGUUCGAUCCUCGAAGAGCGCAUUCUCGGCUCAGCACCGAAAGCUGAUUUGGAAGAAACCGGCCGCGUACUUAGCAUUGGUGACGGUAUUGCUCGCGUUUAUGGUUUGAAAAACAUCCAAGCUGAUGAGAUGGUAGAAUUCUCAUCUGGUCUUAAAGGCAUGGCCUUGAAUUUGGAAGUCGAUAACGUUGGUGUUGUCGUAUUUGGUAAUGACAAAUUGAUUAAGGAAGGUGAUAUCGUCAAACGUACCGGAGCCAUCGUAGAUGUACCGGUUGGUGAACAACUGUUGGGACGUGUAGUAGAUGCUUUGGGUAACCCAAUUGAUGGUAAAGGACCGAUUAACACCAAAACCCGCUUCCGUGUUGGUAUCAAAGCCCCUGGUAUCAUUCCGCGUAUUUCUGUAAGAGAACCUAUGCAAACUGGAAUCAAAGCUGUAGAUUCUUUGGUACCAAUUGGUCGUGGACAACGUGAAUUGAUCAUUGGUGAUCGUCAAACUGGAAAAACUGCCCUCGCUAUCGAUACGAUUAUCAACCAACAACGAUUCAACGCUGGUAGUGAUGAAAAGAAAAAAUUGUAUUGUAUUUACGUUGCUAUUGGUCAAAAGAGAUCCACUGUCGCUCAAAUUUUGAAGCGUCUCACAGACAGUGGUGCUAUUGGUUACACCAUCAUUGUAUCUGCCACCGCUUCCGAUGCCGCUCCAUUGCAAUACCUCGCCCCUUACUCUGGCUGUGCCAUGGGUGAAUUCUUCAGAGAUAACGGCAAACAUGCUUUAAUCAUUUACGACGAUUUGUCCAAACAAGCCGUUGCUUACCGUCAAAUGUCUCUAUUGUUGAGACGUCCACCAGGUCGUGAGGCUUACCCUGGUGAUGUAUUCUACCUUCACUCCCGUUUAUUAGAACGUGCGGCUAAAAUGUCUGAUGCGCACGGAGGUGGUUCGCUUACUGCUCUCCCAGUAAUUGAAACUCAAGCUGGUGACGUAUCAGCUUACAUUCCAACCAACGUAAUUUCGAUCACAGAUGGACAAAUUUUCUUAGAAACUGAAUUGUUCUACAAAGGUAUUAGGCCCGCCAUCAACGUAGGUUUGUCUGUAUCGCGUGUCGGUUCUGCUGCUCAGACCAAGGCCAUGAAACAAGUAGCCGGUUCGAUGAAACUGGAAUUGGCUCAAUAUCGUGAAGUAGCUGCUUUCGCUCAAUUCGGUUCCGAUUUGGACGCUGCCACUCAACAAUUGUUGAAUAGAGGUGUUCGUCUUACCGAAUUGUUGAAGCAAGGACAAUAUGUGCCAAUGGCAAUUGAAGAACAAGUAGCUAUCAUCUAUUGUGGUGUAAGGGGACAUUUGGAUAAAAUCGAUCCAGCGAAAAUUACCGUCUUUGAAAAGGAAUUCUCUGCGCAUAUUAAAUCUAACCAUCAAUCGUUGUUGGGCAGUAUUGCAAAAGAAGGAAAGAUUACAGAUGAUGCUGAUGCGCAACUUAAGAAGAUUGUACAAGAUUUCUUGUCGACGUUCAGCGGUUAAAUUAAUGCAGUAAGGGUUCAUAAAUAAAAGAAAGAAAAAAAUAAAAGCAAUUUCCAGUUGCACUUAUUCGAGGUUUUCAAACUUUUUUAGUCAGUGGUUAAAUAGAAGUUCUCGAAUGAGUGCAAACGUUGGCAAAUAAUAGGGUAAGAAAUAAUUAGAAGAACCGAAAAAAAGGCAGGAUUUUGUCUUAAGUUUCAUCCAUUUAAUUUUUAUUGUUAUUAUACAUGUAUGUCCUGUACACAUUAAAAUUGUUUUUAUUUUCGA